ACGCUUCCCGGGGCCGCCUGGGCGCCGGACGCAGAAAGCGCGGCGAGCGGCGCGGGGCCGGGCAGGGCCGGGCAGGGCCGGGCAGGGCCCGCCGGACUCGCGGCGCGGUAGGGGGAGCGCCAUGCGAGGGGCCCGGGCCGCUCCCUUCCGGCCGCGGCCGGAGCUGGUGCUGCUGCCUCUGUUGUCGCUGCUGUGCCACCGCGGUCGGCCGCAGGGCAGCCCUGGGCCACUGCAGUGCUAUGGAGUCGGACCCUUGGGCGACUUGAACUGCUCGUGGGGACCUCUUGGGGACCUGAGAGCCCCCUCCACGCUGCACCUCCAGAGCCAGAAGUACCUUGGUUCUGAGGAUUCAACGAGUUGGGCACCGGCCAAGAGAAAUUGCUUAAUCCUGAGAAGCUGUUUUUUAUUGCUGUGUGACCUUAGCCAUCCCAACAGAACAUGGACCGUGGCAGUGCCCACUGGGCAGAGCUGGGUGGCCAUUCCGCGGGAGCAGCUUACCAUGUCUGAUGAACUGCUUGUCUGGGGUACCGAGGCUGGCCAGUCUCUCUGGCCCCCAGUCACCGUGGACCUGGAAACCCGAAUGGAACCAGGUGCCCCCUGGCUGAUCCCUGAUGUGGACUUUUCCGAGGACUACCCCUUGGAGGCCACUGUCCAAUGGGCCCCGCCUGUGUGGCCACCCCACAAGGUCCUGGUCUGCCAGUUCUACUAUCAAAAAUGCCAGAGGACUGGGGGGGACUCUGCCUGGACUCUGCUGGAACCGGAAGUCAAGUCCAUACCCCUGACCCCCAUUGAGAUCCCGGACCUGGAGCUAGCCACUACCUAUGAGGUGUACGGCCGCUGCCGAAUGGAGAAAGAAGAGGAUCUGUGGGGCAAACAGAGCCCCAUUCUGUCCUUCCAGACACCGCCGUCUGAUGUGUGGAUCUCUGGGAGCAUCUGCGCAACCUCAGGCCCGCCGGAAGCCCUGUUCCUGUGGAAGGUCCCGGGCCACUGCGGGCAGAUGAGCUAUAAAGUCUGGUUCCAAGUUAAAGGUCAGGAGCUGACCCAGAAGCCGGCUGCCUGCUGUAACUCCUCCAUCCCCAGCCAGGCGGACUGGGUUGGGGUGUCUGCGGUCAAUGCCACGAGCCGGGGGCCUCUCACCAACCUUUCUUUGGCCUGCUUGGGUCCAGAGGCUGCCCCCCAUGGCGUGGAGGUCACCAGCAUGGCUGGGAGCGAGGAGCUGCUAGUGACUUGGCAGCGGGGGUCUGGGCAGCUGCAGGAGCACGUGGUGGACUGGAUUCGGGACGGGGAUCCCCCGGAGGCCCUCAGCUGGACUCGGCUUCCCCCUGAGAACCUCAGAGCCCUGUUGCCAGGGAAUUUUGAAGGAGGAAUCCCCUACCGAAUCACAGUGACAGCAGUGUCUCCUUCCGGCCUGGCCCCUGCCCCCUCAGUCUGGAAGUUCAGGGAGGAACUAGUACCCAUAGCAGGGCCAGCGCUUUGGCGGCUCCAGGAUACCCCCCCAGGAACCCCCACAAUAGCGUGGGGAGAGGUCCCCAGGCGUCAACUCCGGGGUCAUCUCACUCACUACACCUUGUGUGUGCAGAGCGGGACUGGGCCUUCCAUCUGCAUGAACGUGAGUGGCAGCACCCGGAACAUCACCCUGCCCGACCUCCCCUGGGGGCCUUGUGAGCUGUGGAUGACCGCGUCUACCAUCGCAGGACAGGGCCCUGCCGGUGACAGCCUCCGGCUUCACCUGCCAGAUAACACCCUCAAGUGGAAAGUUCUGCCGGGUGUCUUUGUCCUGUGGGGCUUGCUCCUGAUGGGCUGUGGCAUGAGCCUAGCGGCCUCUGGAAGGUGCCUCCACCUUCGGCACAAGGUGCUACCACGCUGGGUCUGGGAGAAGGUUCCUGAUCCUGCCAACAGCAACUCUGGCCAGCCUCACGUGGAGGAGGUGCCUCCGGCUCAGCCCCUUGGGGACUUCCCCAUCCUGGAAGUGGAGGAGAUGGAGCCACUGCCGGUUACGGAGCCCCCCCAGACCCCUGCCCGGCUGGACUCCGGAUACGAGAAACACUUCCUGCCUACCCCUGAGGAGCUAGGCCUUCUGGGGCUGCCCCCGGGCCCUAAGUUCUGCCCGGAGCCCACCCCAGGCCAGGAGACAGGUGCUCCUUUGACAGAUGAAGACACAGAGGAUCAGGGAGGCUGAGUCACCCCCCUAAGGACACUCAGUGAGGACCCUUAUAGCCAAGGGCCUGGCCCUACAGGGAAUCUGCAGGUGGAAGAGGGAGCAGAGGAGGAUGUGUGAACUCCUGAGUGCCGCCACCUCCCCAAAUCCGUCCUGCUGCGAUAACAGAGCCACAGCUGGGGUACCCCAGCCUCCCUCAGAGCCACAGCCGCGGCCCAAGGCCCAAGUUCUUUUCCGCAGAACACGAGCAGCUGCAGCGGUGGCGUGCCACCACCCAGACUGCGUGGGGCUCCUGCCCAUUCUGUUCCCUUUCCCGGGAGCUGGAACAUCAACGUGCCGCGAUCCCGGAAGGCGGAAUUCGAGAAGGGGAAAGAAACCGGAGUCCCCAAGUGGCUGCCUGAAUCGGAGCCACCUAGAGAAAUAAACUUUUAGGUUUUUAUGGUCACGGGAGCUUGGGAACUUUCUAUAAGGAGAUGCCUGUGUCCGCGCGCUGCCUCAGUCUGAUUCUAGUAGAGUGAAGUCUCAGAUGCCCCACCGGGAGUCGGAGAGGGGUCCUGUGCCAGCAAACACAUACCCUCCAACCGUC